AUGCGUAUCGGCCUAAAAUGUUCAUCAAAGUCAACGCGACGCUCGACGUUUUGACAGUCAUGGCAAAGUUUGACAGUCAAGAUCAUCAGCAUCUGCGCUAUAAUCCACUGCGAGAUGAUUGGGUUCUUGUCUGUCCGCAUCGCAUGAAGCGACCAUGGGCAGGCCAUGUGGAGAAACCAGAAGAGGAAACUAUUCCUCGGCAUGACCGGAAGAACCCACUCUGCCCUGGAAACACUCGUCCUAAUGGCAUGGUGAACCCAGACUAUGACAGUACAUUCCUCUUCACAAAUGAUUUCCCGGCACUGUUAGAGGAAGGACCCGCACCAGAUGAGUCUGAUGACCCAUUGUUCCGAUGUGCCGAGGCCAAGGGGACAUGUAAAGUGAUGUGUUUCCAUCCCUGGUCAGACAUCACCCUCCCUAUCAUGUCCUUAACAGAAAUCAGAGUAGUGAUUGACAAAUGGGCGGAGAUCAACUCUGACAUUGGCAAGCAGUUUUCCUGGGUCCAGAUAUUUGAGAACCGUGGUGCCAUCAUGGGUUGCUCGAACCCUCACCCUCACUGCCAGGUGUGGGCCAGCUCCUUUCUACCCAACGAACCCACGGUGAAACAUCGCACCCAGCGGGAAUACAUGGAAAAGCACCAGUCUAAUAUGCUGCUCGAUUAUGUACACAGGGAACUGGAGCGCAAAGAGCGUGUAGUGUUGGAGAAUGCAGACUGGGUGUGGUUGGUGCCCUACUGGGCUGUCUGGCCGUAUGAGACCUUGCUGAUCCCCAAAACACACGUCCUACGCAUUGAAGACCUUACAGACAUACAGCGACAGUCUUUAGCAGAGAUAACUAAGCAGCUGCUCACCAAGUAUGACAACUUGUUUGAAGUGUCGUUUCCAUACUCCAUGGGAUGGGCAGGUGCCCCGACUGGGAAGUAUCUUUCAGAGGACUGCAGUUUCUGGCAGCUGCAUGCCGUGUACUACCCUCCCCUCCUGCGAUCGGCCUCUGUCAAGAAGUUCAUGGUUGGCUAUGAGAUGAUGGCCACGGUGCAGAGAGACCUCACUGCAGAGCAGGCAGCCCAGAAAUUAAAAGAUCUGCCAGACGUUCAUUACAAACAAAGGGCCCAUUCAACUGACAGCUGUCACCCAGACUGAUACAGGACAAUGUGUUUUUUAUGAAGAAUAUGUGUUUGGAUAUGAUUGAGACACUUACUGUACACAAUGUAUGAUGCAUUAUAGUGGUACUGUGUGCUAACUGGGAAAAAACGAAUUUUAAGUAUCUAUUUUUUUAUCAGAUUUUAUGUUGCAUUAAACGUUCUUUUUUAGCUCACCUGAGCACAAUCGCCUUUUGUCCAUCAUGCAUUGUGGGGCAUCAAUAUUUGCCUUGUUAAUACUCUAGAGGCCACAUUUAUUGUUGGAUCUUCAUGAAAUUUGGUCAGAAGAUUUGUGCAAGUGUUAUAUUGGACAAGUUUGAAAAUGGUUUCGGUUGGUUAAAAAACAUGGCCAGCAGGGGCAUUUUUCCAUAUAUGACUAUGGUAAAAACUUGUUAACACUGUUACAGUCACAUUUAUUGUCCAAUCUUUAUGAAACUUGGUCUGAAUAUUUGUUCUAAUGAUAUCUUGGAUGAGUUUGAAAAUGGUUCCUAUAGUUGAAAAAACAUGGCCACCAGGUGUCGGGGAAUUUAUCCUGAUAUGGCCAUAGUAAAAUCUUGUUAGCACACUGAAAGUUACAUUUACAAUUCAUUAAUCAUGAUACUUGGUCAGAACGUAUGUUCUAUUAUUAUACUUCACUUUUAUUCACAAUGCUUAAUUCCCAUAGGCCAUCGUGACAAAGAAAUACUGUCAGACCCAGGGGGAAAAAAUUUACUGUCCAAAAAUUACUGUCGCCCGCUACCUUAGCAAUUACUUGCGGAAUGACGUCACUUUGAUUGUCCGAGCACUGUUUAUGAAUGAAGAAGACAUCAUUUGAUUUUCUUUGUUGUGGUGACGUCCAGUUUUCUCCGAAAAGUGGAGGACUUUCGGUUAAUAUAAUUCUCAUUUAUAACCUUUAAAUAGUGGAUAACUUAUUAAUGAAAUCAUGUUAGAAUCGAAAAAAUCAACGUUUGAAACAAUAACAUUGAAGAAAAUUGUUUGAAGUUAAUACUAUGUGACUGUAAGACUUAGAAAACACUUUACGAGACAUACUUAAUACUGUUUAACUAUUGAAUUUUUAUUUUUUGUGAUAAGAAAUUGACUGUGUUAACCAGUGUGUUUUUAUUAUUGUUAUCAAAAUAUUAACUGUUGUUCAUAGCUGAAAUUAAAUACAAUUAUUGAAUAUUAAAAUUGUUAAUAGUUUAUAUAAAUUAUUCAUGUUUGAAUAGUUUUUUCUUCAUAAUAAAAUAAAUAUUACAUGGCUGACAGGGUAACAGUAAAUUUGUCAACUUUCGAAAAAAUACUGUCAACUGAGACGAAGCCGAGGUAUUUCCUCAAGUUGACAAAUUUACUGUCACCCUGACAGCCAUGUAAUAUUUAUAUAAUGAUAUCUUGGGCUGCACAGAACAGGUCAGUUCCUUUUUUUUCUCAGGUGAGAGACUUUGUGCCUUUCAGGUUCUCUUCUUUUAAAGACUACUGCCAACUUCAGUAAGAAGUUAAUUGUUAAAUAAGGUUCAGACAUUUAUAUAGAUAACUAUCACACAAAUCAGCAGCAUGGUGUAGUUCUAUAGUCCUUGCACAUAAAUUAUGUGAAAUCGAAUUUAUAAUUAUAGUUUUAUUUUUUCAGCUUUACGUUUGCUAUUUCCUCAUUUUGUCAAAAUGGUUGCUAUAGUAAAAAGUUGCAGUUUUACAUCUUUUCUUGUUUAGGCAUCUACACCAUAAGUCAUAUCAUCAUCUAGCACAUUACCAAAUGACUGUUGUUGAUGGUGUUAUCAUUAUGCAGCAGAAUAGUUGUUAAAGUUCGGAAUCUCAGUUGUGUUUUAAUUCAUGUCGGAAAUCCACUUGAUCUUAUAUGUUGAUUUGUUUCUUUUGUCAAAUAUUUGGUCUCACACAUGUUUAGGAACCGUAUGUCUUUAUGUUAUGUUUUAACAACUGUAUUGUAUCAUUCUAUUGAUUGUACAGUGUUAAUUGCUUAUCUAACAUUUGUUUCAAUUUUAAUUUUAUGUUGUUUUGUGUUGUUUUACCUUUUUAUUUGGAUUUCAACAAUAAACAAUAUUUUUUUCA